AUGUCGGCGUUGAAGAAGAGGAAGCUGAACACGUCGGCUGCUGCGGCGCCGCCGAGAGCGCAGCCUGCGGGGGCAGAGAAGCCGUCAAGGGCAGAGAAGCCGUCAAAGGCGACGAAGCCCGCGAAACCCGCGCCGCCCCCCGCGCCGGAGAGCAGCGACGAUGAAGACGAGGAAGAGGAGGCCGGAGGAGAGGCGGCGGGAGAAGAGGGGACAACCGGAGACAAGCCGGCCGGCGAUGCAGCACAAGACGAGGCGAAGAAGACGUUUGCCGACCUGGGCGUGCGCGAAGAGCUAUGCGACGCCUGCGAGGCGCUCAAGUUCACCCACCCCACCCCCAUCCAGUCGCAGGCCAUUCCGCUGGCACUCGACGGCCGCGACGUUAUCGGACUGGCCGAGACGGGGUCUGGAAAGACGGCAGCGUUCGUGCUGCCGAUCCUGCAGGCGCUGCUCGAGAAGCCCCAGCCGCUGUUUGGCCUCAUCCUGGCGCCCACCCGCGAGUUGGCGUACCAAAUCUCGCAGCAGGUCGACGCCCUCGGCAGCAUCAUCAACGUCAAGUGCGCAACCCUAGUCGGUGGCAUGGACAUGGUCCCGCAGGCCAUCGCCCUGUCAAAGCGGCCGCACAUGGUCGUCGCCACACCCGGACGCCUGCUCGACCACCUCGAGAACACAAAAGGCUUCUCGCUGCGCUACCUCAAGUACAUGGUUCUCGACGAAGCCGACCGCCUGCUCGACCUCGACUUCGGUCCCGUCCUCGACAAGAUCCUGAAAGUCCUGCCCCGCGACGGACGCCACACCUACCUUUUCUCUGCCACCAUGUCCUCCAAGGUCGAGUCCCUCCAGCGCGCCGCCCUGCAAAACCCCGUCCGCGUGUCCAUCUCCAGCUCCAGCCACCAAGUCGUCUCCACCCUGCUGCAGCGCUACUUCUUCCUCCCCCACAAGCACAAAGAUCUCUUCCUCAUCCACCUGCUCAACGAGAACAUCGGGCACCCCACCAUAAUCUUCACCCGCACCGUCAACGAAACGCAGCGCAUCGCCGUCCUUCUGCGCACCCUCGGCUUCGGCGCCAUCCCGCUGCACGGCCAACUCUCCCAGUCCGCGCGUCUCGGCGCACUCAGCAAGUUCAAGUCCAAAUCGCGCGACAUCCUCGUCGCCACCGACGUCGCCGCGCGCGGCCUGGACAUCCCCUCUGUCGACCUCGUCAUCAACCUGGACCUUCCUUCCGACAGCCAGACAUACGUCCAUCGUGUGGGCCGCACCGCGCGUGCCGGCAAGUCUGGGAAAGCCGUGUCCUUCGUGACGCAGUACGAUGUCGAGAUCUGGCUGAGGAUUGAGAAUGCGCUGGGCACGAAGAUUGAAGAGGAGGUCGUGCCCAAGGACGAGGCGCUUGUCUACGCCGAGAGAGUGGGCGAGGCGCAGAGGGUCGCCGUUAGGGAGAUGAAGUUGAUCCACGAGCAGAGGGGGAAGGGGAGAGGAGGUGGCGGAGGAGAUCUCGAGUUUGCACUGAGCUGUACACAACGUCCCAAUCGCGUAAUGCUUAUAUACGUAUACGUCAUUUUCGCAAAUGCAUUGCAGCUGACUGCUCACAACGUCGCUGGUAUGAGAGAAGACCUCAACCCGAAAGGGCAGCCAGUACAGUAUCCUCGUAUCGAUAUCUACUGCUGGCCAAUCAUCGUCCAGCAACGUUGUGGCUCUUAUCCCGCAUGCAUUGGUUCUGCACAAGGUCAGACCCAGUGUUUGGCUGCCAUUGACCUUGUUUCUCUGGUCCGGUCUGACCAUGUGCUGCGCUGCGUGUACAUCCCACCGGCACAUUCCGACCACUGGUUCCUGGCUGGUUCUCGCUCACAGAUGGUCUCACGGGCAUGCCCGUGGGGGCUUUCGGAUUUCCAUUCAGUUGAGUCUCAUGAUGAUGAUGUACAUCUCGGUCUACCCACUCGCAUGACUAUCCGGUACAGCAGCGACUACGAAGACAUGUCGAUAGGAUUGCACAGCGGCGACGAGGAUGUCGAUGAACAGAAGGGUAGCAAAACAUACCUCAUCACGCACUCAAGGAACCAAUCGAGGAACCAAUCGAGGAACCAAUCGAGUUUCGACCUGUACACUGCAUACCCCCUCACCUCCCACGUCUUCGUCGCAUUCGGACCCAGCCAGAUGAAGUCGAUGCGGCUAUUCGGCUCCUUUCCCGGCUCAAACCCACUGAAGGUUCCCUCUGGCCCGGAUAUUUGCUCCGGCGUGGCUAGAGUGCGCAGAUCGCUGAGCAGGCCAUCGGAGGCAGUGGUGCCGUACGCGUCGCCAGUGCCGGGUGAAGAGUUGAAGUCGCCGGCGACUUUGACACCCUCCACGCGUGCGGUCUGCGAUGCGUUGUCGAGAUGCGUGUUGGCUACGAUGACUCUCUUGCCCGUUGCAACGAUUGAGAAGACGCCGACGAUAACGUACCGCCGUGAGCCGGCGCCGGGCCAGAAAGACGGCACAUCAGGUGUGGGAGAAAGCCAUUUCUGCGUGCUCGAGACCAGUUGGAGAACAGAGGGCUGGUACAGAAUAGUUAUUGAGCGGAAGCCUUGCGAGGCGGCGCGUGAGUCCACUGCUGCAGCUGCGGCUGUGGAGGCCAUUAGACUGAGUGCUGCGAAGAUGUUGAACCGCAUAUUGUGUGUCCUGUUCGAAAAAGUGCAAGAACGAUGGGCAAUAACCGGACUCUAG